UCUGCAACCACGUCGACCCCUGCCUCGUCCCCGCCCAGCGACCAGAUGGUGCUCAGCCAGAGGGUCGCCAACUAUUGGCCCUCUUCCCUUCGACCAUGUCGACGCCCUUAUCCUCUGCCCCGCGUGCCACCCCCGGCAUGAGCGUGCCGGCGACUCAGAACACCGCGCCCGUCAUCAAGUUUCGGUGUCUCUACACCCACGAUAUGCGCCGCAAAGCCAAACGCUGGCAAGAUGGCUACCUCAGAUACCACACGUUUAACAAACGCAUCAUGGCUUAUGAUAUCACGGGAAAUUUUAUUGGUGACCUACACUGGCGACAGGGUGACGCAAUCCAGGACGGGGACGAGCUGGAACUGGAUAGAGGCGUGUUGAUUCAAGUCUGCGAGCCAAUGGAGAAGACAGAGACAGAUAUUUCCGGUCUUUACAGCAAUAAGAAAAGCCAGGGAUCCCCAUCACGGCUGGGGGAACCACCGACGCCGUCUUUACGCACAUCCACUUCUCUACGAUCCUCAAUCGGCUCCCAGUCGUCUCGCUCCCUUAAUGAUCUGUUAGGCAUCAAGAAGACACCUAUCGGGCACAUGGUCUCUCCGUAUGAAGAAAGACAUCCGCCGGAGCAGAGUAAAGGUCAUGCACAACCACCUGAAAGAGCUGUAAAGAGGCAAAGGCUUGCAUCGGAGAACGUACUACGUGCACAUGGUUCGAGUCGGCCCCAGCCCGUAACUAUUGAUUUAUCAGAGGAGCCUCCUGCAGUCAAGCCAGCUGCUGUAGCUGCAAAUACUAGAUCAGUAGUGCAGCCCAGGAAGACUCCAAGCUCAGUGAAAGCUCCUUCAGCCACAGUAUCGCCACCAGACAAAUCACCGAGUGGUAGAGCUCAGCCCAUUGUUGCUAAGACCCAGAACCCUGUCACCAAUGCCCCUCCACCAGCCGAGAAAUCCACGAGGAUUGCUGUGGAUACUCCAGUCAACACACUUAGGUUGUCCACGGAGCGUCCGAGGAGAAAGUUGAUGUAUAGCGCCUUAUUACCUGGCCAAACAGCCUCAAAAGUAUCCCUUCCCUCCCCCUUGUCAGAGAAGACAAAUGUACCCGUGCGAGAAACCCCGCCGUUAGGAGAGUGACUUGACAAAUCCCGAUCCUGUGCCAACGAACGCUGAUUUCAUACCCUCUGCUUCAACGCUGGCUGCGUUAGAUGAGAUGCCCAGUGGCUCCAGAUAUGGCCCGGACAAGACCGCAGCAGAUAAUCGCGCGCAAGGUACUCUACCAAAGUCUGGUUCGACUGGCCUCCGCAAGUCCUACUCAGAUCCCACUACUUUAACAACUGCAAAUGGCGUCCGACCGCGAUCACUACCUUUUAAAAGCCCGCUUAACCGUUGUAUGGAAGAAGAUGAACCCCGUGAGCAAGGACCCUGGACUUCUGAGGCCCUAGACCUUUUCGACUUCUGGCCGCCUGGGCGACCCAAACCUAAUUGAUUUACGUUUAUGAUACCCGAUACCCUUCAGAUUGUGUAUCCAUGGCUACCAUCACAAAUUUUCUCAAAUGAUUGGGCGUAUGAAACCAUUGUCAUGAGAUAACUUGCCUAUGAUUUAUGCGAGGAGGCGCUAGACUGUUGAUACCCUAAAUUCAAAAGAAGUAAUGUCAACUGAACAGUCUAUUCAGCUCGUAAAGAGGAGUAUGGGCAAUAGUCAUGUCGCUCAACAGAACAUAGCAUAAAACAUACCUUCCAC